AUGGCUCACAAGAUCCUGCAGGCCGGACUCACGUCGGGCAUGUCUGCGGUGUCAGAGUCCCAUGCAUCGAAACCUGAACCACUGCCCGCCUCCUACGACGGGCUGAAACAUGUUCUGCCGGAUGACUUCACGCCUCGGCUGGAUUCUCGGUACACACUGCGCGGCAAGGAUGGGAGGGAUGUUCAAAUCCCCUUGAUCGUCUGGGGUGCAUGGUCGUGGGGUGACACGUCCACUUUCCACUGGUCCGACGACGAACUGCCCUCUCUCCGGCAAGCGUGGCAGACGUGUCUCGAGAAAGGUAUGACUUUCGUCGACACGGCUCAAGUGUACGGCAGCGGCAGGAGUGAACGGAUUCUGGGAGAUUUGGUCAACAACCAGAGCUGCGGGGUCGACCGCUCACAGAUCAUCGUGCAGACAAAGUGGCUGCCCGACGUCGCGGACGCGGACAUGAACAUCAUUCACCCGGUCGACGCACCAGUGAAGCAGCUGAAGAAGACGUUGGAGAGGAUGAACCUGGACUACGUCGACUGCUAUCUGGUGCACGGGCCGGUCCACGUCAGCUCCAUCAAGCAAGCGGCCGAGGGCAUGGCCAAGUGCGUGGAGGAGGGGAUGACCAAGACGGUGGGCGUCGCGAACUACUCGGUGGAGGACAUGUUGGCCAUGCAACACGCGCUGGCCGAGUACGGGAUACCUCUGGCGACCAACCAAUGCGAGUAUUCGGUCUUGCGACGGAUGCCCGAGAUCGAAGGCAUGCUCGAGGCAUGCAAGCAACACGGCAUCGUGUUUCAAUCAUACUCGGCCCUCGCCCAGGGUCGUCUGUCGGGCAAACACAUUCAGGGAAACCCACAGGCAAAGGAGUACCGGUUCAGCAGCUACAAGAUGGAGCAUUUGGAGCCGGCUCUGCGAGUUGUGCGACGGCUCGCCGCCAAGUACAACGUCAGCGUCACGGCCGUGGCUAUGAACUGGAACAUCUGCAAGGGCGCGAUCCCGGUGGUGGGGAUCAGGAGGGAAUGCCAGGCUACCGAUAACAUGCAGGCGCUGGGAUGGCGACUGAGCAGGGAGGAGAUGGCUGAGCUCGACUCGAAGGGUUUCAAGGGGAAGACGACCAAAUCAUGGCAGCAGGGAUAG